AUGGCCUCGCUACAAAGUCCAACUACCCCUAUGCAGGCGACAAUGGAACUUGCAAUGCUCAGAAGGCAUCCUCCCAUACAUGCAGCCAAGAUCACUGGCUAUGAAGACGUGCCUGCCAAUGCAGUCGGGUACGGGACCACUGUUGAUGGUACCAAGUAUUGGCUUGUGAAGAACUCAUGGGGUACUAGCUGGGGUGUGGAAACAGGCAUUGAUGCUAGUGAAGGCCUGUAUGGCAUUACCAUGGAUGCUUCCUAUCCCACAGCCUGA